AUGUCUGACUACAUGCGUUCAAGGUUCACUUCCGAUGAUGUGCCGAGUUCGCAAGUGAAUUCCCACCUUGGACGGUCAAGGAGAGGCAACGGUGACCGAACCCGCCGAACCUGGUCGUACCGUGAGGAGGAGAUUCUUGUGGUUGCGCGGAAGGACCUUGUCGUCACCGGAUGGAAAGCCGAUAAUGGAUUUCGGACAGGCUACCUUGGCAGACUCGUGGAAGCCCUGAAGAAGCAUUACCCCAACACUGACAUCAAAGCACCUCCUCAUAUUAACUCAAAGCUCACUUCCUGGAAAAGAUGUUACAAUUCUUUGCGUGGAAUCUUGAGUCGUAGCGGUGUGGGGUUCAACCUCCACGACGACUACAAGAUAGAUUGUGACGACGAUCAGUGGUCGCAAAUUGUCAAGCAAGACCCUCAUGCUCGCUACAUGAGGGAUAAGAGCUGGCCAUUCUGGGACCAUUGGCAGGUCAUCUUUGGUAAGGAUAGGGCUGCUGGGGGAUCAGCUACUGGUUUGAUGGAUGUGGUGAACGGGCUUUACACUCAGGACACCGGCUUAGGCUCAAGCGAUGGAGGUGGGAUUAGCCACUCUGUUGGCUCUACUGAUGUGCCCACUUCUCAUCCACCGAGUCAGACCAACACUCCUCCUGAUGCUCCGGUUGAAAGCUCAGGCAACACUAACCGUGAGAAAGCUGCUCGGACUGGGGGUGGGAAAAAGAGAAAGGCUGACCAUUCUAUAGAUGGCCUCGUUGACAUGCUGGGGAAAAUGAAUGACGCCACCAAUGCGAGGUUGGAGAGUUUAUCCCUCCGCAUUGGUUAUGAGUUCGAUCUGAGCAACGCCCGAAAGGAAGUAUUUGCGGAACUAGGCCGCUUGCCUGGACUGACAAGGGAGCAAAAGUUUGAUGCAGGGGAGAUUAUUUUGGAGAAGGUGGAAAGGUUGGAUUUCUUUCUUGGGAUGCCGGAUGAUGACCGUAUCGCGUUCGUGUUUCGUGUGCUUGCGAAAUAUGGAUCGGGAUAG